AUGUAUUACGUCCCCCUUACCCCUCUCCCAUCGUUCGCUGCCCCUCUUGUGCAUCGCCAAAUUAUCCCUCUCCCCUCCCCCUACGCGCACGUCCCUCAUGUCCCCCCUUUCCCCCCCCCCCACUCCCCCCCCCCCCCCCCUACCCCCGCUCUCCUCCCCCUCUCCCCACCCCCCCUCUCCAUCAUCACCUCCUCCCCGGCCACCUCCUUCUCCCGCCCGUUCCGCCACGCGGCGGAGUGCGCGGAACGCGCGGGGACGAACCUGGGCUCUACUAAAACGUAUCCGGUCGACGGCACCACUAAGAGCAAGGUUAUCAGUCCCCCCUUCAACGGUAUAUUGAGCGGCGACGGUUCCGUCAAUCCAGCCUUCUAUAACUGGAACCUCGUACGAGUCGUGUAUUGUGACGGCGGCGGUUUUCUCGGAACUAGAGGGCGGGUGUCUUCUAACGGGGAUGUGGUGUACAUGGACGGAUGGAACAUUAUACAAGCGAUUCUGAAAGACCUCCAGGUCAAUAGGGGCAUUCGCUCAGCCUCGCGCCUGCUCAUUUCCGGGAGCUCCGCUGGCGGGCAGGCGGUGGUGCAUCUGUGCGACACCAUCGCUGCUGCUGUUCCCUCCGCUGAUGCACGCUGCGUCGUCGACUCGGGGUUCUUUGUUGAUUCGGAGGACCGCAGCGGCAGCUUCUACUUCCGCUCUCUGGCGCAGAAAAUGGUGGCGCUGCACCAGCCCAACUUCGGGGACUGCGCGCAAGAGAGGCUGUCAUUUGGUCAUCUAUCUCCCCUCAUCUCCCUUCCAGUCCCCAGAUUACACUGA